CUGUUAAUUUUUACGUUUUUGACAGAUAACGUUGACCCUUAGAAAAAAUUCAGUCUUGUCAAUUUUUUCAUCCAAAUUUCUGUAAUUAACACAACCUUACCUCCUUCAAACACCAAAAAUGUCUGCGUGGAGAGCUGCCGGUCUUAACUACAUUAACUACUCAAACAUUGCUGCCAGGCUGCUUCGGCAAGCAUUGAAACCCGAAGUUAGAGCAGAAGCAGCCAAAAGAAAUGAAACUCACAUCAGAAUCACAAAAUGGGUCGACGGCAAGCCUAUAAAUGCGCGCGAUUAAGUUCCUAGAAAACUCAGCCCACUAAUUGAGCUGGAAACUCAAUUCGAGCGUGUUGGAAUUAAUCUUUAGUAAUAAAUGUUGUAAGGUAAAUAAAUGUUUUAUUAAAAAAAAAAACAAACUAAAAAACCCUAAAUAGAAUAAAUAUUGUCAACCAGAA